CUAUCGUCACAUCGAUUUGAUCAGUUGAUCGCCCAGAACGCAGCCCCCAUCAACUGGGGCUAGAAGCUCUAGCAGCCAAAUAACCAAACAAAAAACCCUGCAAGCCCACUUCCGCUGGACGGAACAAGAGGCACCAGUGUGGGGAGAAAAGUAGUAGUAGUAGAAGAAGAAGAAUUCCGCUAGUUCCAACCAUUACAAUCGCCGCUGAAAGGGCUUCCGAAGUCAUAACUGUUUCGUCUUAAUGAACCGUGCUGCCACCACGUCCGAUGGUGGCCGAUUUCUGCUUCUGCUGCUGACUGCGCGCGGCGCUGAACCCCCUCAAGCGAUAAACUAUGUGAGCACGACAUAACCAGCAAGCUGACCAAAUCCAAAGAACUUAUAUCUUAUGCCUGUCUGGAGUGAUCCAUCAGCAAAAUGAACGGCCUAUCAACUCUGAAUCGAUUACUCGGCAAACGAAACAAAGAUGUUUCCAAAUCCACUUCGAACCUCAGCCGGUCGACGACCAACCUGGACAGCACUAGUCAGUACAACAAGAUUGUCCCGUUGGCCGCCAUGACCAACGCUCCUUUUGAGCAAACUUUUCGGAUAACUGUCCUGCUGCCGCGGGAACAGCUGUACGUGGCACGGAUCGGAGCCAAAACCCGACUGUCAACACUGAUGGACAUGGUUUGCGAGGAUAAGCAGCUGGACGCGCAAAAGUACCUCUUCCGGCAUCCGGCCGACUUUAACCAGGGAUUCGAGCUGGAUCUAACCAUCGGCGAGGUGGGACUGAACGAAAUUCGGCUAAUUUCCCGAAAGGAGUUGGAAAACAUGCAGAACAAUGAGUACCGACUGAGCACGAGCGAUAUUUUCCGACUGCAUCAGAAAAAUCUUCGCGAAAAUUCGGUUUCCUCGUCCGAUCUAAGUCGAACGUCAAAAAUUGCGCUGAAAACGACUAGUCCCUACAGCUCGACCAAUUCACUCAACUCGAUGGAUUCGUCCGGUUUGAGUUCCAGCUCUCGGGGUGGUGUGAAUGGAAACCAGCACCACGCACCGGUAGCUCCCGCCCGGAAGAAACGAAUCGCACCUCGACCGCCUAGUCAAAACUCAAUCCCCGAAAAGGCUCCCCUGGAAACGGUCAGAGACGAUUCCAUCUUCAAAGAACCGCAGUUGCCUCCAUACUCCAAGAAAAACUUCCACGUCUCUUCACCGAACCUGUACAACAGCAAAGAGCUGAAAACUACGGAUUCUCUUAACAACAACAACAAUAAUAACAAUAAUAUAAACAACAACCAUUCCAACGAUUACAAUGGUAAUGGCCAUCAUACGACGGAAAGUGUUGAGGAAAUGAACAACAUCCUCAACACAAAGACCUCGUACAGUGCACUGAAAAAUCGUCCAACUUCAAUGUACAUCAUUCGAGAGCCCCCGGAAGCAAUCAAGCAUCAUCAGCAACCGCAGAACGGAACUUUGCAGCGAAGCUCACUGAACGGCACCGGCGGCAGUCUGGUGGACAUCGUGAACCACUCCCGCACUUCGUCCAAUUCAUCCGAAGUCGUGAAGGAUCCUCGCGAUUUUCAGGAAACGCCAAAACAACUUCCAGAACCCAGAAAGCGGCUCGAUUCGAACGCAAAAAAAUCCAAAGCGCCAGCCCCGCCGCCGCGAGGUGUAUCGCUGGGCACGAAACUAACGACGGAACCGAAAAUUGUACCAACGCCUUCCCCGAGAGCACCGGUUCGGGCAACAAUGGCAUCCGACAGCGAUACCAUUAUAUCGGAAACCGAUUCAAACCUAAGCGAGGCCGAUGAGUUACAACGGAACCGAGAAACUGUAAGUAAGCUAAACGCCGUUAACAGCACACACCAGCACCGGCCAGCUGCUGCUGCCACUGUUCAGCCACAGAACGUCACAAAGGUAAUGCUAAACGUAGACCAAUCCACACCGUCAGACACCCAACCGGAGCUGUCCUCUUCCGCACCGGAGGCAACACUAGAACACAAACCAACCAGCGGAGCUUCCUCGGUGUCGAUAACAAUCGUCAAAGAAGCACCCGCCGGCUCCCCUAACGGGUACCACCACCAGCAAACGCCCGAACCACAUUCCAAACCAACAAUUCCUCCAACCGUUUCGACGGUUCACAUAGUUCCCGCAGGGAACAACCAGCAACAGCAGCAACAACCAGAAACGGAAACGGAAACACCCGAUCGACGACUUUCCAACGGGGAAAACAGUUCCGACGAAGAGAUCAAAAUCUACAACAUCGAAUCCGGCCAGGAAAUGCGCAUUUCGGAUCCGAAGAAAGACCAACCAGCCGCCACCAACGGGCACCGUUCACCGAGCCCGGCCGAAGAAUGGACCUACACACUGCCGGCUCCCCCAAAGUUCGCCGAUUCGUCCAUCAAGUCGGGCGAAUACGACGAAAAGCAGCGCUACUUUGAUCUGCAGUCAACGUAUGUCGAGAAUACCACACUGGUAACCGAUCGAAUGACGAUCGGCUCCGAUGAUACGGAGGAAAUUCGACCGAUUAUUCGAGAGAAAAUCCUACUGGAUGAGAGUGGGUUGGCUUCCAUGGAAACGUUGGAAAAUUCUUUACCGCCGGUGACUCCGAACGAAAGUGAGGACGGUACUAGCAGUAGCAGUCUAACCACCGGUUUGAUUUCAUCCGACAUCGAGGAUGGUUAUCGGGGUGGUAGCGAUCUUCGCCAGUCGAUGAUUCAGACGUUGGAAAAACGCAGGGAAAAGUUGAAGGAAAGCGAGCUGCAGGAUUUGAAGGAAUCCAUCGAGGGUGGUGUGUGCAAUCAAAAAUUGCAACAAAUCCAACAGCAACAGCAGCAGGAGAAGCUGGAGAAGCAGCAGCAGGAAUGCAAUGAGAGUGAUAUUAUGAAAUGUGCCAAAAUGAACGAGGAAACGGUGGUCGAUGACUUUGCGGUGGUUGUCAAGCGGAACCAGGUAAAACCUACGCCGGCUGUGGUCGAGAUGACGAAGCCGGUUGCAAACGGGGAGAAAGAGAACGAGCAGCAGCUGGUGGUUGUGAAAAAGAGGAACGAAGUCAUUAGCGAGCUAAGUCAUGUCAUCAAAGAUGAGAAUGGUUUGAAGGAAGUGCUGAACGGUGGUGGGAAGAAAUCCACCGCGGAGGAAGAAAUUCCCGGUGCUAAUAGGAACAGUUUGAGCACUUUUAAAAUCUCCACCUACAGCGUCGGGGAAGUUAGAGACGUUUUGAGCACACAACAACAACCUGCUGAAAAUGUCAAUGAAAAGGAGGAACUGAUUGUUGUACCGCCAGUAGCGCCUAAAUCCGCCGAUGAUGAUGAAUCGAACGUCGUUGUACGUCGCAAAAUUUCCACGGAUUCUACUCACCGCAGCAAACUGAGCAGUGACGAAGAUGAUUCUACCGCUCGUCCCAUUGGAGCCUCCAUCGGUACCAACAAUAACAACAAAAAGGAUCCCGGCCCGGUUAAGCGACGUAGUUUGACCGUACUGAACGGAACGCCACGCAACAUCAACCGCUCGGAUUCGUUCCAUUCGACCCGCUCGGACUACAUACAGUCGUUGAACAGCGUCAACGGGCUGAAGCUGACCCCACGCAGUACCUCGUACAUUUCGUUGAUCGGAGCGCAGAAGUUCGAGAAUCGGUUCUCGCAGCCGAACCAGCGACGCAAAUCGACCAGCGAAAUGAGCAUCUGCGAUUCGCCUUCGCUGCAAAGCUUGGAAGUCAUUAAAAAUAUUCUCAACACGUCGAAAAGCAAUUUGGCACCCGAAACGUUGGAGGUUGUACAGGAAAAGGAAAUCCUACCGAUGUCGGCUAUCAAGCGAAACAGUUUUACCGAUAUCUCUACGCUGGUACAGUAUAAGAGUGAGACUGUCCGAGGUUCGGGAGUUGUCCGUCGGGAGAGUAUGGUGGAACGGAAAAUAGAACAGUUGGAAGGGAAACAGGUGGUUGAAGAAGAGGAGGAAUUGAAGCCUGCGGUAAAAGUGUUGCCGGAAAAGAUGACUGAAAUUGAGAAACCUCUGAGUACAAAAGUUACCGAUAAUAAAACACACACUCUAAAUGAACGAGUUGUGGAUGUGUCUAAUGAAUCCAAAAGUGACGAUGAAAAAUUACAGAAUAAGCAACUUUCUGCGGCUGCUAAUAGACCUCAACCACAAACUUCGGUGGUUAAUAUUACUACCACCAGUACGACCGUUGCUAGCAGCGGCGUUAGUGUGACGGUUAAUCCGCAAACCAAUGGAGGAGUCAGCGAGCAAAAGUGGCAAUACAAGGGCCCUCCGACAAUCAACUUUACCACCUGGAGCGAACGACCGAAAAUAGAUGUUUCCAUCAAAUCCGAUCGGGAUUACCGUUUCGGAGGCAGUUCAACCCUUCCGAGGGGUUACAGAAAUGUAAAUAAUACAACCAAAAUCAGCGUGAAUGCCACCCCAGCGCCAUCAACGGAAAAACAAACCGAAGUCGACCGCUCAGUUCCACGCGAACAAGUGCCAUUAAAAAGCGGCGAUUCUUCUGCUCUGCCGCAAGAUCCGAGUCAGACUGAACCGACUGUAACGUAUCCCGAAAAGGAGCGCCUUCCGAUCGUUCGCGCCGUUGAAUACAAGAAAAAUAUUGUACCACCUCCGGUUGCACAGAAACCACUUGAUAAGCCGUACUUCUAUGAAACAUUUUCCCGAAGCCAAUCGACAGUCAUUCCCAAUGGAACUGCCACUAUCAACCGACUCACGCAUGGGCACAACAAAUUUCAACCAGUCGUACGUGGCUUCAAAUCGGUUGAUGAAAAAGACCCUCCAACAUCGUUGAAGAGCCGUCCGGUCUCGAUGAUCGAAUCGACCAACAUUUCCACCGCCAUACUGAAAAGCACUCCAGUUCGAGUGGAAAAACCUGCUCAACCAACAGCGACUUUACCCUUCGGACAGAAUACGCUUCGCCGAACUGGUCUGAAGGACAGAAUUCUGGCUCAAACUGCUCCUGAGCCUGUGAAACAAUCACCCACAAUUACCACCACCACCACCGCACAGGAAGCUACGCAACCAGCGACGACAGUAAAUGUGGUUCCGAGCGCAGCUGUCCCGCCGCCACCACCACCAGCGCCGGUGGCCCCAAAGCUGACAACCCCCGUCGUUCGUGGUGCCAUCGUUAAGAAGCAGCUUCCAUCACCCGGAGCGGAUCCACGCUCGGCUUUGCUGGACGCCAUUCGGUGCUUUAACAAAGAUAAACUGCGUUGCAAGGAUCCUAACGCAGCUGAAGAAACACCUUCACAGUAAGCCCUAUCUAACCCGAUUUAAGCAUCCUACUUGUUUAUUAUCUUGUUUCGUUUUCUCUUCGCCUUACGGCAUUAGUAGCUUAGUUCUUUGUUGUUUCCUUUUACUUUUUUCUCUGUUUUUGGCACUAAGAACCACAAUUUCCCCAUUUUUAAUGGUGCCUUCCUAUACUUAAUAAAAACAUAAACAUAUUUUAAAAAGCGGUAACUUUCUUCAAAAUGGGUAAACUCCACGUAACUUGUUAUUUCAAUACGGGACCAAAGGUAACAGGUGUUUUGAAAGCCAUUCCAUGGGAUAUAAAAUGGUGACCUACCGCGAGGGAAUCGUAAACGAUUCCCUUUAAGAACGAUAAUCCACGAGCACAACUAUGAACUAAUAGGCACUGUUGUUGUUGUUGUCAUCCAAGCAUGCCGAUCUGUUUGACAGAUCGCAAAGGCAACACUAAUUAAUAACGAUUAAAUAAAUACACAUGCGGAUUGCUGCUGCUUACUAGACUAAUAUCAGCAAACGAUAAUGAAUUCAAUCACUCGGGUAUUAAUCAUUAAUUAUAAUUUUUUGUUGAUUUUAUCCUUACCCCCACCCAGCCGGCAAAUGUUUACCCUUUUCCUGAUUAAAUAACCCCCACCCACAGCGACAGGUUUUACACAUAAACACACACACCCACACACUCACGUGAAAUGGAACGAAAGAAUUGUCAUCCAUCAGUCAUUAAUUGCUAGGCGUACUAUUGAAGUGUAGUAGUUCUAAUAGGUUCUCUUAGAUGUACAGCAAGUUAUUACACAUCUUCUAGAGCAUAAUAAGAAGCGAGAAGAUCGAUCUAACGACGAUAAACUUCUAACGGGAUAUCCAGGAUAUGUACAUUUUCGAUUAUAACAUUACUAUCUGAAAUAAACUGAUAUUAUUACU